AUGGCAGAAAAAUAUCUAAGCCAACUGUACUACAAUCCAGAACAUCCUGCAAGUUUUGGAGGCGUAGAUUCAAUUUACCGUGUUGUAAAAGAGGAAGGAAAACAUCAAAUAUCGCGGAAUAGAAUACGGACAUGGUUAAAAAAGCAAGACACAUGCACAUUACACAAACCCGUACGGUUCAAUUUUAAACGCAAUAGGGUUCUAGUGGGUGGCUUUGAUGAACAGUGGGAAGCUGAUCACGUUAUUAUGGACUCGCUAAGUAAACAAAAUAAUGGUUACAACUACCUUUUGACCGUUAUCGAUGUCCUAAGCAAGUACGCAUGGGUUGAACCAAUUAAGACGAAAACGGGCGAGAGCCUCGUUCAGGCGUUUGGAAAAAUAAUUAAGAAGGGGAGAAAACCUGAGAAACUACACACAGACAAAGGCACAGAGUUUACGAAUAGAAUGUUCCAAAAGUUUUUGAAGGAAAAUAAUAUUCGAUUCUUCGCGAGCCAUAACGAAACCAAGGCCUCAAUUGUGAAAAGGUUUAAUCGUACACUGAAAGGAAAGAUGUGGAAAUAUUUUACGGCUAAAAACACAGUAAAGUACAUUGACAUAAUUCAGAAGUUGGUCAAAUCAUACAACCAUUCCAGACACCGUAGCAUAGGAAUGAAACCAGCUGACGUGAAUAAAGAUAACGAAG